CUUCUCCAACAACCCCGCGGGCGCCCGGAAGCCAGACGGCUCCAGAAGCUUCCUCCAUUAAUCUAACCGCGUUGCUUUAUUUAUCGAGCGCCUGGCCUACCCCGUCCGGCUCGCCAGAUCCACGCGUGUUGUCCGGUGCAGCUGCGUUUAUUGACCGACCCCCGACGCUCCAAGGGAUUUCGAUUUCGAUCUGCACGGAGAUCGGCUAAUGGCGGAGGAGGGGUACAAGGUCACGCUCAACGUGUACGACCUGAGCAACGGCCUCGCGCGGCAGCUCUCCACCUCCUUCCUCGGCAAGCCCAUCGAGGCCAUCUGGCACACGGGCGUGGUGGUGUACGGGAAUGAGUACUUCUUCGGCGGCGGGAUCCAGUCGACGCCGGCGGGCUCCACGCCGUACGGGCGGCCGCUGCGGGUGGUGGAGCUGGGCGUCACGCACCUCCCGCGCGAGGUGUUCGAGGACUACCUCCGCGCCAUCGCGCCGCGCUACACGGCCGAGACGUACCGCCUCCUCACCCACAACUGCAACAACUUCAGCAACGAGGUCGCGCAGUUCCUCGUCGGCGCCGGCAUCCCCGACUACAUCCUCAACCUCCCCGCCGAGGUCAUGUCCAGCCCCAUGGGCCCGCUCAUCAUGCCCAUGAUCCAGAACCUCGAGUCCACGCUGCGGAGCAACGCCGCGCCGCAGGCCACGCAGUUCGUGCCCACGCCGGCCUCCAUCUCCGUGCCGGAGCCCGAGAAGGCCACCGCGACUCCUAGCUCCGCCGCCGCCAAGCCGGAAGAGCCCGCGCCGGCAGAGAAGGUUUCCAAGGAAGCUGCCGCUCCGGCGCCCGCUCCCUCUCCUGCUCCUACAGCUGACCCGCUCGGGAGCGCGAGGGGGAAGGUGCAGGAGGAGGUGAUGAGGGAGUUCGCGGCCAUCAUGGCGAGCGGGACGCUGCGGGCCAGCGAGGCGGCGGCGCUGGCGAUGCGCCGUGUCAUGGAGCGCCACGGCGACGCCGCCACCAUGCAGCAGGGCUAGGCGGCGAUGCGCUUGCGAACAGCAGCAUUUUGGCUGUGGGCGCAUCGCAGCUCCAUGAGAAUUUGUCAGCUGAUGCAUGCUGCUGCUGCCUCCGUACGAAGAAGAUUGAAAAUUUAGAUUAUCGUGUUGCCUGUCUGGACAAUGGUUAAAGAUUAAUUCAGUUGUUAACUGCGACCGGACUUGCUGCCCAUCCGAUGGGUGGUUAGUUUGACAAGAUACGUUAAUUUUUAUGUUAUGCGAAUGCCUCAUCCAUGCACGUUUUAUACCAACCGGUCCUAGUA